GUGACAAUUUUCAGACUUCCUUAAAAAGUGCUAACAAUUGUGCGGGCCUUGACUAUAUGUUUGGUAAAUUUGAAAUUUUGGAGUCUCAUUAUUGUUAAGAUUAGAACCUUAGCAAAGUUAUGUGGAUAGGAAAACUUGCUUAUGAACAUGCACGCGUACACACAUGCUCAUGGGUGCACGCUCUCAACCAUAGGUAUAUUUGUAGCAGCCCUCAAUGAUCUUAAAUUUAUACUGACCCAAAUGAACCUGAGCGGGAAGGAUACAUGCAACCUCACAAGAUAUUGAUGUUGGGAAAAGCAAGGAAAGUUUCAGGGCGUGGAGAAGCUGUAGCAGCAAAUUAUGCUUUUGGUCCGGCUGAAGAUGAUGCAAUAAUCAAGCAUAGGCUUCUGACACGUACAACAACCACAAGGGGUGAGCCUCCAUUGAAGAAGCUUCAGAAAAAAUUCACAACCUUUGUCUCUGAGAUCGAAAAGCAAGAAGAUAACUAUAAUGACUGUGAAAAGUUAGCCAAAGCUUUCUUGCAGGAAUUAGCCACAUUCGAGAUUCCACUUCUAAAGAGUAAAGCAAUUGUUGAUGCCAAUAUUAGAGAGAAGGAAAAUUUCAACGAGCUGAAAGAUGAAAUAAAUAGGCAAAUCCUGCAAGCACAGGCUGACAUUGAAGAUCUUAAGAAGCAACUUGAAGAGAGUAAGAUUGAGAGGCAGCACAAGGAGGAAUGUGAAGCUAUUAGGAAAUUGAUUGCCCUGCAGCCACCGAGAUCAGAGACACAGAAGCUUAUAACUGAGUUAGAGAAAGAAAUUAUGGCGUUGGAUGCAGAGAAUACAGCUGGUUCGAGAUUGUUGGAGCUUCGGAAGAAACAAUUUGCUCUUCUUUUGCAUGUGGUGGAUGAGUUACAGAACACAAUAGAGGAAGAGCAGAAGAAUCUUAUUGAGGAGAUGAGAGCGGCACCUGAAGAGCUCAAGAAUGGGAUAGAAGAUGCAAGUGGGGGUUCGGAAGCUAUGGCUGUUGACUAGCAAGUGAAUUUCAUAUCGGUCCUGCCAUU